AUUUAAGACAAGGAAUCUCAAUUAUUUCGAUUCUCAAUUCGCUUCAACACACAAAGCCAUUUAACAUAUAAAGCGUGAUGAAAAAGAAGAGACUCAAGAGAGUAAAUAUUAAUGAGUUACAAUCGUUCGGAUUGUCUUAUUGAAUUUUUGAAUUGUACACAAUUAUUUCAAAAUUAAUUAUCUAUCAAUUUCCAUAUAUUUAACCAGCUGCUUUAUAAUUAUCCGAUAUCUGUGAUCUCCAGUUCUCUAUGCUCUGGGAAUCAUAACCUUAAUCGAUGGUGUUUAUUUAUAUUCGCUUGAAUAGGUCUAUGUUUAUAAAAUAAGAAGUUUUUAAUUCUGAUUUAAUUUUUUUCUUUCUUCUUAUGGAUAAAAUAUAUAUCUAAUCCAUAUAUUUUCUUCGUCUCAACAGUAGACUUCGGGUAAGUUUUCAAAUAUUUCUGUCUUCUUUAUUUAAUGGCUGAAUUAACAUUUUGUGUUUCAAAGAUAAUUCCAUUAUUUCUAGAAAGAAAAUAUCUUGGUUCAAACGAUGUCACCUCUACUAUGGUUUGGACCACUUUUGGCUUUACAAGUGAAUGGAAUAAUGAAUAAAGUGACUCUAGAUUUUGAACUCUUAUUGAAUCGUAUCAAUUUAAAUGAUUUAUGAUAUUUUUGGUGAAUUUGCUGAUUAUGUUCACGAAAGAUAGAAUUCGAUCCAAUUAGUUUGUACUCACGAUGAAACAGAGCCUUGAUGACAACCCCUUAUUCUCAGUGACAUACAAUUUUCCAUCCCAUCAGGCUCUAGUACUUGAUGGUUUGAACUCACUCAGAAUAAGGGAAGAAUUAAUAGAUGUCACACUGAUAGUUGAGGGACAAUAUUUCAAGGCACACAAAGUGGUUCUAUCGGCAUGCAGCGACUACUUCAGAGCCAUGUUCACGGACAACAUGAUCGAGUCACGUCGAAAAGAGAUCCACCUGAAAGGCAUGAAUGCUAAGGGCUUCUUGUUAGUCCUGGAAUACGCUUACACCAGUAAAAUCACCCUCAACCUUUCGAAUGUACAAGACGUUCUGGAGGCUGCAUCUUAUGUACAAAUAUUAGCGUUGAUCCAGACCUGUUGCAACUACCUGGAGGCUGAAAUCGACAACGACAACUGCCUGGACAUCGCAAACAUAGCUGAAACUUAUUCGUUGACUGCUCUGAAGAUGGAGGUGUACAAGUACAUGAACCAGAAUCUUUCGAGUUUGUCCCAGACUAGGGAAUUCUACAGGUUAACUCCAUCGCAGCUGGAAACUCUGCUUGCUUAUGAUUUUCCAGUGGAUUGUUCGGAAUAUGAAGUGUUGAAUAUUGUUAUCCAAUGGUUUUUCCACAAGGCACACACAGGAUCGGAAAUAGACCUUUGCGAGGCAAUGCAAAUAUUCGAACACGUACAUUUCUGCGAUAUACCCCUCGCAAGAAUUCACGCCAUUCUAGGAGAGAUAAACGAGAAUCAGAAGGGUGAUGGUGAAUUACAACGUGUUGUCGUUUGUGAAAUCUACAGCCAGCUAAGCGACAAGAAAAGUAUCGUCCCCAGCAACCUCUUGAACCCUCGUGGAAUGGAGCUGGCAGUGCUGAAAAUAGGCGGUUUCGGAAUGAGCGGGAUCACCAACGAAAUAACCUACAAGUUAUCUUCGGAAUCCAAAUGGAAACACCUGACGAAGAUACCGCACGUGGAACAGUGCAACUUUGGUACCGCUGUUGUGAACAACGACUUGUUCAUCAUAGGGGGCUGUUUCAAUCAGAACAUGCAGGAGAAUAUACAUCCUUUUGGUUUUAAGUACAACACCUUGUACAACAAGUGGUGCACCUUGAGCCCGAUGAAAAUCGAAAGGUGUAGGUUUUCGUUGAACGUCCUCAAUGGGAAGAUGUAUGCUGUCGGUGGAGUUGCUGAAGUUGAGGAAUUUAAUAGUAACGUUACUGGCACCUGUGAAUGCUACGAUCCAGUUACCGACGAAUGGACAAUGAUCGAACCCCUUCCGGUCGGCAUCACCAGACACGGUGGAGCUGCCUUCGAACCCACAUCCAAGCUGUUCAUCUGCGGCGGCAUCGACAGGGACUCCACCCUCUGCCAAAACUCGGUGUAUUGUUACGAAUCGCAGAACGAUUCUUGGACCACUUGCGCCCCCAUGUUGACUCCCCGCGCCGACCACGUGAUGCUGUCCAUCGACAAUCAUUUGUACGUGUGCGGAGGUUGGGAAGAAGACGACGAAACCGGUAUCCGGACACUUGUGGACACCAUCGAUGUGUACGACGUGGAGAAAAAUUGUUGGACAGUUCUGACGACGGUGCCGACGCCGAGGCACCACGCGGGGAUAGUUAGUAUUUUUCGUAAGAUUUAUUUUAUCGGGGGCUUCCCCAGCAAUGCGAUGUUCGAUAAAAGGACGGCUGCCAUAGAGUGUUACGAUAUAGAUAGUGACGUUUGGUCUACCGAAGAGAAAUAUCCUCAGGGCAUUUGGGAGCACACUUGUUCUUUGUUGUACGUUCCUAAAUGUAGGAACGGCAUGGAUGUGAUUCCUCAGCAGACGGAUCUCAGAUGAGACGAUAUUGAUCUGUGUGAAACUUAGAAUAUACUGGGUGAUUCACCGGGAUGGCC